AUGGUUCUUGAUCCAUUUGAAGGACGUCUUGCAUUCCUAGAAAUCCUUAAAAGACUUACUGCUAGUCAACAAUCUCAAAUAAAAACAGCACAAUUUGCACUUCGACAUAAAGAUUUAGAUGAAGAUUUAUAUAAUUGUGUAUUGGAAGAACUUGAACUUUCAUCUUUGAACUCUAGAGUAAAUAUUAUAUACUUUUUGGAGACCCUUUGCGACUACAGCUACAGAAAUGGAUGCAACAGUUAUAUUUCAAUGAUACGUAAAGAUAUUGCAAAAAUUGUUAGAGCAGUAGCACCACCUGGACCACAAGGAGCAGCGAAUGUAUCAGCAGUCCGGAAGGUUAUUGAAAAUCUAAAAAACAAAGCAUAUAUAGACAAUCGAGAUUUCCUUGAAAUAGAAGCAUCUUUAUCUAAAAGAGAUGACAAGUAUAGCAAUUCACAAUGCUCUAUAUGCAUUCACUGUUGUAGAUCUUCAAAUACCAUUCAAAAUAAAGCUUUUUUUUCUAAAGAAGAAAUUUUUCGUAGAAUUGAAGAAGAUAGAGAAAGACAUAAACGAUUGCGAGAAAAUAUAUGGGUUGUUCCCGAAGGGAACGUUGGUAUAAAUGUAGAGUUUGAAAAUACGUGGGAAACCACAUCGUCUUUAGAUGAAUACGAUUUCGAAUAUAUGGAAGAAGAAAACACAAAAGCAGCUAUGAUUCCGUCAUAA